AUGCCUCAAAAGAACUUUGUGACAUGGACGUCGCUGAUUUCAUCUCAAGUUCGACAUGGGUCCUCUGAAAUUGCACUCCAGUUGUUGAAGAAGAUGCUUGAAUCAGGUGAGAGACCAAACCAGGACACACUAUCUAGCGCGGUUCGUGCUUGCACGCAUAUUGGGUUUGUUGAAUUGGGUCUGCAAAUUCAUGGUCUGAUUGUUCAUUUUGGGGUUGAGAGAGAUGAAUUUCCUGGGAGUUCUCUCAUUGAAUUUUACGUCAAAAUUGGAUGUAGUUUGGAUGAUGCAUUCUGUGUUUUUGAUGGGUUGUUUAAAAGAGAUUUUGUUACAUGGAAUGUUAUGAUCUCUGGGUUUGCUCAAGAUGGUAAAAUUAGUGAAGGCAGUGUUUUAGUGGAUUUGUAUGGGAACUGUGGAGAUAUGGAUUCGGCUUCGAAAGUAUUUAAAUCCAUGGAGAUGAAAGAUAGUUUUGCGUGGAGUUCCAUUAUAUCUGGUUAUGUGAGAAAUGGCAGUGGGGAGGAAGCUCUCAUUUUAUUCAGAGAUAUGCGUGCUACUCGUUCAACAUGCAUUGACAAGUGCUUUGAAAGUGUUCUUAUGACUCUAUAUGCAGAUGCCAAUAAAAUUUGCGAGGCAGAGAAGUUGUUUAGAAGGAUCAAUGAUACACAUAUAGAAGAAGGAUCUGCUUCCUCGUGCUUCAAUCUUUUCCGAGAACUGUGCCGAAUAACCACAUUGAAACCUGAUGAAACCACUCUAACGACUGUUCUAAAAUCUUGUUGGGGUUCAAAUCCAUUCAAUGAUAAUAAAAUCAAGCAGAAAUUGUGA